UUUCUCAUUUCAGAUUUUCGGAGGUCCCGAGUUCGAAACCUCCUUCUCACAAGAUCCCUAAUUUUUUUUUCUCGUUUCCGAUUCCCUCGCCAGCCACUGCCAUGGAUUCAGGCUCUCAGGUUCCCGUAAAGUCCAAGCGGAGGUUUCAACCAAGAGCUCCGACGCCUUCUCUCCGGCCGAUCCCUCCUAUCUCCAAAACUGAAGCUGCUGAGGCCGAGGAAGAGAAUAAAAAGGCAGCACGACAGAUCGCUAAACGUAUCGGCAUUGGCCAGAGGAGACCUAAAACUGAACCAAAAGCAUCUUCGGUUGAGGUUGCAUUCCAACCAAACUUUUCGUCACUUGCAAUAAAGUCGUUUGGGGUUCCUAAAGAAGAUGAUAAGCAAAGUUCUGAUGUGAAUCCCUCUUCUUCUGCUACAACUGUUUCUUCUGCUGCUAUUCUUCCUGUUGUUUCUUCUCCUCCUGCUCGAAAAGAUGUAGAAGAGAUUCAUACUUGUGUUACCAGAAUCGAGCAGGACUACGUUGAACCUUGGGAUCAAAACUCUUACUAUCCUACUGUUCUUCCUUUGAGAAAACCUAACUCUGGUGAUCCAGAACUUCUUGACCAGGAGGAGUUCGGGAACGUGGCUAAACACCUUCAUUAUGAUGAGAACAGCAUCAACUCAGCAGAAGAACUCGGUCUAACAUCGGGACAACACUGCAAAAAACAGAUGCUUUUCUUUAAGAUCCCGGACUGUCUCCCUGUAACGAAGCAACCGACCGCCAAGAGAUCUGUAUCAGAGAGAAGCAGCCCUUUUGAAUGUUUACCAGAGGGGUUCAUGGGCAAAAUGCUAGUUUACAAGAGCGGUACUGUCAAGUUGAAACUUGGAGAUGUCCUCUAUGAUGUGUCGCCAGGUCCGAAUACAGUAUUUCAUAAUGAUGUGGCAGCGAUCAACGGCAAAGAGAGGAACUGCUGUCGCAUUGGUUCUUCAGCGAAGUUUGCGACUGUUACUCCCGAUGUUGAGUCUCUUUUGAACUCUGACCCAGACAUGCAAAUACACAAGUGAAUGGCUGUUCUACUCGCAGUGGGUCUUGUUCGUAAAAUAUGUGAAGAGAGUAGUAAGUAGUAUUGUCCACUUAGAUUGUUUUAACUACAAACCAGUCGUGAUCGUAGAACCUCUUCUUUAUGUCUUCUUGUGUUGUAAAAGAUCCAAUGGUAUUGGGGAGUGAAAGCAAACAUUCUUAACAA